AUGUCUUGGGGUCCAUGGGGCCCGCGGAAGGAGAGCAAGGGCAGCUCCGUAUCCCCGCGGUCGAAAGAGCCGCGAUCGGUGUCGCCCUUGCAGUCUCGGUGGUCUUCCGCCCGCCAGGCAGUGGAACGUACGGUGAAGACUGCAACAGCUGUCAACGCACUGUCUCGAGCUGCACGGUCGAAUUCACCGAGACCACAGCCGGUUGGUUCAAGUGUGGUGGAGUGGGCGGACCACAAGCAGCUGAAAGAAAUUGCCAAGGACCUCCAGCGACAGCUGCAACGAAAGGAGGCGGACACCCAGAGGCUAACGGAACGAGUACAAACGCUGGUGGUUUUGCGGGAUGAGCAGCUGUCAGAGAUUCAGGCGGAGAGCCGGCGUUUGCACUACGCUUUAGAGCAGGAGGAGGUUGAAGUGUAUCGCCUCCGCGGGCGAGACUCCGAGCUGCACGAGGCCUUGGCGGCCGAGCCCUCGGAGGUCUCCGGGCGACAGCGAGCUGAGCAGCAGCUGAGACAGCCCUGCAGGGACUGCGCCGAAUACCGCGCGCAGCACACGGAGACGAUGGCCGACUGUCAGAAUCUACGGACGCAGCUGGUUGAGUUUGAGGCUCUGAAGCUCCAUCUGAAGAAUUCACGACUGGGCCAGGAGCGACUGCGGACUCGACUUGUACAAGAUCUUACGCAGCUGUUAGCGCGACAUCAAGACUCCCCUGCGAGCGGGGAAGGCUCACCCGACGCUGCAAGACAUGCGCCUCCCCGUGCAGAGAUCGCGGAAAAGUGCGACUUGCAAUGA